UUAAAUGUUAUUGCUUUAAAAAUUAACGCCAAAAAUAUUAUUCCAUUACAGGUUUAACUGGUGAUGGAAAUGAUUUCGUCAUUAUUAUAAAUCCGUGAUUAUGUUAAUCCCCGUCUGUCACACCAAGGCUAACCGCUAGGAGCGCUAGCAUUCACUCACUUUAGUCAAAACGAGCGUAGAACAAGAGUGGCGCCAAGGCAUGGCGGCUGACAGUUUGUAAUGAGCCAGCCAAACCAAAACACGGUCCUAUAAGUUGAAUUUAGCCCAUUUAAACCCUAUUUUUGGAUAGAAUAUUGCGUCAAAAUGCAGAUUACUUUGAAAACUUUGCAGCAGCAGACGUUCAGAAUCGACAUAGACGAAGAGGAAACGGUGACGACAUUAAAAGAGCGGAUCGAGCAAGAGAAGGGGCAGGACAAUUUUCCAGUUGCCGGGCAGAAACUAAUCUAUGCUGGUAAAAUCCUCAGUGAUGACUCCACGCUCAAAGAGUACAAAAUUGAUGAGAAGAACUUUGUUGUCGUCAUGGUGACCAAGCCUAAAAAGGCCUCAGCUGCCCCACCUUCAUCGGCACCCAGCACGGCGGCCCCUCCGACGACAUCGUCCACUUCGCAGACGCCCACAGAGCGUGCCCCUGCGGAUGGCCAGCCAGAAGCGAGGCGGCCUGCCGCUGCCAACCCACCUCCCUCCACUGGCGGGAGCUCGGCGGCUUCGUCCACCUUCGUCGAUGAAGCAGGUUCGACUCUUGUGACAGGCCCAUCGUACGACGCCAUGGUGACCGAGAUGAUGCUCAUGGGCUAUGAGAGGGAGCAGGUGGUGGCGGCUCUGAGAGCCAGCUUCAACAACCCAGACAGAGCCGUGGAGUACCUGCUCUCGGGCAUCCCAAGUAGGGAGCAGGUCCAAGCCAGAGGGUCUGAUGCCGCAUUGUCCGCCCUGGGUGGCGCUCCAAGUGGACCUACGGGUGAUUUAAGCAACCCGCCCAGCACCGGUGCUCCAGAGGGUGCAGGUAAUCCGCUGAGUUUCCUAAGGAAUCAGCCGCAGUUCUACAUGAUGCGGCAGUUGAUCCAGCAGAACGCUGCACUGCUUCCGGCUCUGCUGCAGGAGAUUGGCAGGGAAAACCCGGAGCUUCUACAGGAAAUCAGCAACAAUCAAGAGCACUUCAUACAGAUGCUGAACGAGCCCCUUCCAGAGUCGUCGCCAAUGGGCGGGGGCACCGCCGGGGCGCCGGGUGACUCUCAAGGCGGCGCCAACAUGAGCUACAUCCAGGUCACCCCGCAGGAGAAGGAAGCCAUCGAGAGGCUAAAAGCCUUAGGAUUUCCGGAGGGGCUCGUUAUACAAGCCUACUUUGCUUGUGAGAAGAACGAGAACUUGGCGGCCAACUUCCUUUUACAGCAGAAUUUCGAUGACGACUGAUGGUGAUUUCAACCCUGACUACCACUUGAUAGAGAUUUAUUUCUACGUUCGAUUUCUGUCAUCGGAGAUACAUCCACGGUAUCAUCUAUUUACACAUCUACCCCCCCUCGCCAUACUCCAGUAAUAAUUUCACUAUAAUUAUUAUUAUUAUUUUUUCAAUCAUUGUUGUUUACACAUAUGUCUUAUUUUGACUAUGUUUUUCUAAGUUUGAGAACUAAAAGUGCAUUAGUAAUAGCUUUCUCCCCAUUGUACAUUCUUCAUGGGUAACCAUGUCCGUGGCUUACAAUCACGGUAGGCUUCCAUUCAACCUUCAAUAAAUGCAAUAUGUGUUCUGACGCCUAUUUCAUAUUUUCCUAUUCUUGCAAUCAAGCACUGCUGUAUUGAUUGUAUUGCCGACCGCCAGCUGCUAUUGAAUGUCUAGGGCGCUGCGCUUCCUGAGAGGACCGCUAGAGGGCGGCAUAGACCAUAAGGUGGACGUCUCCAACAGCCCUGAGUGUUCAUUGAUGGAUAAUCGUAAGGCGACCACAACAAACCCAGCAGACCUUCCCCGGCCAACUUUUAAUAUGCACAUGAAUGCAUCUUUGGAAAGCAGCAGUAUGUAACAAUUUGAUCCUUAAGUCAGACAGGGCGUGCCAGUAUAUCCUACAGUAUUUAAAAGUGGCUUAAAUGGCGACAACGUACCCCGGUGGGCAUCCUCAAUAUGGCAGACCAACACAAGGGACCACUGUUCCAUUAUCUGAAAUACAUUUUAUUGUACUGUAAAAUACAAAACCAUAAUAACAAAGGAUUCUUAUCUACAAAUGUACAAGGAUCAGGAUUAUAUUACAUUAUUUGGCUUGAACACAAAAACACAACUUUUUUUUUGUUCAGAGUCACUCAUUUCAUUAGAAAAAUAUGAACGUUUUUCCAUAUAAAUUAUUGCACUCUGCAACCGCAGUGCAUCUCAAGAUUGCCAUCACCGCUGGAAAGUGAAAGUCAUAACCUGAUUAUUUUUGGAAUCUCAUGGCACUUUGUCACUACUUCCUGUUUUUGUCCAUCUUUGGUACCUUUUUUUUGGAAGCGCUUUGAGCACCAUUGGGUAUAAAUGGUCGACCAUUGUAGCUGAGGUCAAUGGAGUGGCAGGUGAAAUGUGACUAUAUAUAAAUAUAUAUGAUAUGCUUCCAUACAGUGU